AUGUCUCAGCUGCUAACAGCUGUGCCUCCACCGGAGCUGCGCGAGAGCCUGCAGGUGUCCAGCCUGACGCUGCUGCUGCUCGUGCUCGUUCCCUGCGUGCUUCUGCUGCUGCUGCUCAACUGUUUGCUGUUGGGAUACAAGCUGCUGCUGUGCGCCCGGAGCCGGAGCAAGAGAAAGCGAGCGCGCUGUGAUUCGGGAAGUUCGCUUCUACACUCGUCGCUGUGCACGCGCCAGAGAAUCACCCGCUUUACCGACGAGCCGUCGUUCGGUGCUGCCCGCAAAACCAACUAUGUGUCGGCGUCGGAACCGAUGCUCGCGCCGCCUAUCACGUCCUCUCUCACUUCGUCGGCGGAACGGAGGGCAGCGUGCGGGCAGCGCUGCAGGUCGGCGGCUCUGGCGCGGCCGGACGGUGCUACGUACGCCGGGUCGGGGUCGCUGCGCGUCCCUAGCACUUUGCUGGGUGCCCGCGGCUGGAGGAGAAGUGCCCCGGUGCUACUGCAGUCCAGCGACUCGGAAAAUGAGAGGGCCAACGUCGCACCACCCAACUCACCCGCACAGAUCUUGUCUUCGAACAGGAAAGGUUCCAUACCAGUGAUGCGCAGGAGUAGCACUGUAGAGCUAGAGUUGGUCUCCCUUGAUAAGGUCCACGUGGAAGGCGAGCUUGUUAGCAGCAUCCCACAGGAGAUCUCAUGCUUCAUAGCCUCCUCAAGUUCCUCUGCUGCCGGACCUGGCCUAGACAGCGACUUUGGUGCCAGUGCAGGUGUGUCUUUGCGCAUCCUGUCGGCCGACAGCGAUGGUUUUCCAGGGGCGACCUGGACGUCCGGUCUCGAAUGGGAUUACUACGACCCGAGUUACGUCACACAGAACCACGUUCCCAAACACAGACACCACCCACCACCCAUCACGACCAAACAGUACUGGGUCUAAGACGCAUCACUCUCCGGCCUGGAGGGAUCGGACUCUUCUGUAGUUUGGAACUUUGGAGGCAAGUGUUUCAGCUUGAUUGAGAAUUUUAGAUUUUACUUUUAAGAUCUUUCAUGCACAAUUACUAGUUUACAUGUUUGAGGAAAAAAAAAAAGUCACAUUUUUGCCCUACAGUAAGAAUUAAGAGAAUCACGCACUUCUUAUGUUUACAUAAUCUAUCACCAUUAUAGAAAUUGCACUUGUUCCUGUCACAUAAUGUACGUGUUUGUAUGUUGUUGGUUUACAUGUUUUGUGAUUCUCUGAGUUUUACUACUGUAGUUCUGUUAGGGCCCAAAAACACAGUUAAUGUAUUUUUCAUUGAAUUGUUCACAAAGUAUAUCUCACUGUUAAUACCUCACCUCUAUUUUUGUCCAAUAACUGUGUAAUAAAAUAUUUUAAAUUGAAAAA